AUGCUUCACGAAGGCUACCUGGGAGAAGAGGCCCAUCUUCGCAGCAACACGGAGUACGAAGUUCGCGUGAAGGAGUUCUGCCAAACCUACACGUCGAUCUACGAUCCAUGGGGAGGGUCGCGAGAGCGUGCGGAGUACCUGGACAGUCCCAUCCACUAUCUGCCGGCCGACCAGUUGCCCAGGACACUGGCUCCUGUGCCAACAUUGACACCCCUCAAUUUCAAGGUGAAUGAGACGGAUCACCAGUCCUUUAGACUCAGCUGGGAAGCCCAAAUCUCCAACGACUGCCGGUUCCGGAACUGGACCGUGGAGAUCCGGCUCGUCAUCCACUGCAUUGCCGGGGUCGGUUACACGAAUUGCACGGAGGUCGAAGACCAGCCCUGGGAAGUUCCGGGCACUUGUGUCAUCGAGGACAGGUCGGUUACCAGCUGCAAGGUGCAUAAUGUGAAGAGCUACAGCUUCUACGAGGUCAAGAUGCGGGAACGCUGUGCGCGACCUACGGAUAAAGAUGCCGGGGUCGGCCAAAGCAGCGAUGCGACGUCAGAGAGUGCGGAUGCCACACUGAUUGCGGAAGUGUGGCCCUUCCUGUCGGACGCGCCGGACAACAUGACCGUCACGUCUCCCGAGCCGUUCACGCUGAAUGUGAAGUGGGACCCCGGAGAUCCCCAGGAAUGUGUCUUCUCGCACUGGGACGUUCAGGUUCAGGCCUUCAAGCUGUGCCCAAGAUGCAUGGAAAUGCCUCGUUUCUCAACUGGAGUGCGCCAGGGCUCGCCGUCUCUUUGCUACUCUCCAUCAGUGGUCGUCCGCUCGACAGGUACGACCAUCGACUCCUGCCGUUUGGUCGGCCAACGAGACGUUGCAGAAUGCAACAUCACUGGGCUCAUCAGCAACGCCUUGUACGAUGUGCGGAUCGCAGAGCGAUGUGUGGAUGAACGUGCUGACAGCCCUUGGCUCGUGGAGCGGCUGCAGGCCACGAUUCCAGCUUGGGCCCUGAUGCCAUUGGGUCCCAACGUCAGCAACGUCACCACUACCACCAUGGACCUGGAGUGGGCUGCAAGUGAGCCGCGAGACUGCCUCUUCAGCUCCUGGAAGGUCGAGGUGAAGCCCACGGCCAUUACCGACGACGACUGGAUACCGGUACCAGAGUGCUCCCUCCCUGAUCGCGAUGCCACCUCUUGCCAGAUUGUGGGCCUGCAAAGCUACACCAGCUAUGACAUCCGGAUCCAAGAGACGUGCGUCCAUGACACCAGCAACAGUCCUUACUUGCUAGAGGAGAACUCGUUCACGACUCUGGUGGGGAGCGUCGUCUACGUCGGGACGAACCCCAACACCAACUCCAAGGCGAUUUUCUUCGGGUCGCGAGGUCUGAAUGCCUGUGCCUAUCACACCAAGUGCUGUGCGGACGAGUUCUCGCUCUGCUACAGCAGCCAAGAGGUGGAUGUUAUCCGGACCGACUUGCCGGAUGCUGGCUGGGGGCAGGACCUGUACCUUUCUUGCGUCGCGGAUACUGUGCCCCAGGACGACAUGAAGCGCAUCGUGGCGCGCCCACCGGCAAAGCUCGAAGCUGUUGAUCGCACCGCGAACUCCAUCGGCCUGGUUUGGCUCCCCUACGGCUCCGGCGGGUACAUGAGUGACUGCUACUGCUCCGAGUGGAAUAUCUUCGUUCGGCGACAAGGUACCACAGAGUGGUUGCUCUCUCCAGACUGUGGGAACAUGCCUUUCUCCCAGAGCAGCUGCACAGUGCAGAAUCUGGAAGACAACUGGCUCGCUCCAAACACCGUCUACGAGAUUCGCGUGCGGCAAACUUGCAGCUUCGAUCGCCUCAGCAGCCCGUACAAAGAGAUCCAGGUUCCCACAUUACCUGGCUGUACCUUCUCCCAGCACAGCGGCCGAGACGACUACUUCGUUUGCGCGGACGGUUUCUUCAGCUUCAUCUUUGAUGGCGGUCGUUUCGAUGGCGAUGGAACAGGAUGUUGGCGACGUGGAGGACGAGCCCGAUGUGCCAAAAACUUUCCGUAUAUGUGCGCCAGUCCGGACAGCUGCGCCAAGGUCGAUAGUCUUCAGACUGGCGGCGUCAGAGCGGACCACUGCUGCAUGACGGAACCUUGCGGCUCGCGGAAUGGCGGCGACCGGGUGUGCUUGGUGCGUCCACUACCACCCGCCGACAUCGUCGUGACCUCCCCCUCGCCGUACUCGCUGAUGGUAGACUGGCAGGAACAAGACUUCGCAGACACGACCUACUAUCCUUGCAGCUUCCGCCGCUGGCAAGUCGACCUGAGCCAGUACUUCUUCGAACAUUGGAGCUCGGAAUGGACAGCUGCGCCGGAGUGUUACAUCGAGGAGCGAAGAAGGUCCCAUUGCACCAUCACAGGCUUGGAAAGCAACGCUCGGUACUAUGUGCGAGUCAGAGAGGUCUGCGAGGAUGACGCCCUCAACGGAGACUACCUGCAGCACCCUGGGCUGGUGCAGGUGAAUCCCUUGCCGGCUGGUGCAGUGACCGAUGUCAUCGAGGCUCAUCGGGACAUCUACUGGAUCAAUGCUCGUGGUGAGACCCGCGCUUUCACCACAGUCGGACAGCCGCGAUUGCCGGCGUACCUCAACAUGACCGGAUUGACAGACGGCACCGUGUUCCAGAUCUUCGUAACGGAAGUGUGUGAAAAUCCCCUGGCCAACAGCGCAGCCGUGGAAGCGCUUGUCUCCUCCCGGCCGAACCCAGCACAGGACCCACAGCAGCCCACAGUCACGGCGGCAGGACCCUACUGGCUCAAUGUGGAGUGGUCUGCUGGCCAGCCCGGGACCUGCAGCUUCCUCUCCUGGGACGUGACCGUUCGGAAGACAGGCACUGAGCAGUUCGACAGCGUGGCCGUCUGCAGUGAGACUGCCGAAAGCACCACCAGCUGCAACAUCACAGAGAGCUAUUCCUGUUUUCAAGACCGGAAGUACAGCGGAUUCUAUGAUGUCUGCAUUCCUGGGGUGGCAUGCCCAAUCACUGAUGUGCAAAGUGCCACAGACUGCAAGCUCCUCUGCAGCUACGAGCCGGCCUGCCGUGCACUGCGCUUUCAGGCAGCGUAUGGCCAUUGCUGGCUCAUCGACAGCAGCUACAAUCCGCUGGAGGACAAUCCUAUCUACCAGACGACAGGCUGUGCACGGAAUUUGGGACUCGCCAGUCUCACGGGCUACGAGGUGCAGGUUGCUCAUCGCUGCACCGAUCCUGAGGCAGACAGCAGUCCUGCCAUCGUAGAGCCGGGCUUAGCGCCCAAUCACACCACUGUCGGGCACGCGACGCAGCCGGAGGAUGUCGAAGAGCGUGCGGUGCAUGGCCGCACUAUCAGGAUUCACUUCGUCCCUGGAGUUCUGCGAGACUACAUGCCGAUCCGCGAUGGUGGCCCUCGAUUGGAGAUGGAUGAUUCCACGGACUGCGUCUUCAAGAAGUGGGCCGUGCAGGUUCGAUUGAACGCGAGCGAGGCGCCCUCCGAUGGUCCGGUGAGCUGCUGGCAGUAUCCCAUGUUCUGCGAGCAGGUGUGGCACACGGUGCCGACCACUUGUGCAGACAUGUACCGCUCCGGUCAUUCGGGGAGUUUCGAGGGGCUGCAGAGGUGCGACGUUCAUGUCAUCUGGAGCGAGGAGCUGUACCAGCUGCGUCUGCGAGAGGAGUGUCAAGAUCCUGCUGCGGAUUCUCCGUACACAGCGGAUCCCAUCUGGGUCACAUCAGUGUUCGGGCGCGCCCUGCCGGCGGAGAAUGUUGAGAACCUGACGGCUUUUCCGUUUCUGGCAGGACACAAUGUCUCUGUGGCCCUUGACUGGGAUGCUGGUGAAGCGAACGACUGCGUGUUCACAGGAUGGGAGUUGGAGUUGCGACCCGUAGAUGGCGAGUGGUUCUUGGCAGAGGAAUGCAUCAGCUCGCUCUACGAGGAUGUGAACUGCACUGUCACAGAAGGCCUGCUGUCCGAGACCACCUAUGACACAAGGGUGCGCUCCUACUGCCUCGACCUGCUGUCGAAGGGCAACUGGACGGAAGUGCUUGAACUGGCCGGACAGGCAUCUACGCUGAAACUUGCUCAGUCCUCUGGCAAGCCUUCGAGUAAGAGCAGCCUGCUCGAGUUCACAACGCCGGCCAUCCCAGCCGAUCCGUAUCAGCGCAUUCACAACCCCUCCUUCAGCUUACCACCCAUGAGCAUUGCCAAUGCCCUCAGCCCGGAUCCAUGGGACUGUGCCUUCGUGGCCUAUGUGGGCGAGCUUAGCGAGGCCGAGGUCUGUGCAGAAGCCAUGAACACCACCCUGACGUUGAACCCGGAUGCCGUCCGGAGUGUGCAAGUGGUGUUCCGCUCAGAGACGCACGCUCAUGUGAACUUCAUAUCUGGGGAUCAGCCGGGCGACUGCAACGCAGAAGAUUGGCUCUUCGAGUACUACAACGAGUCAUGGCAGUUCGCGGCCUUCUGCACCCGGAUGCCUGGUGCACGAACUCCCCAGCAGUGCCAUCUCGACUUGAGCAUGCUGGAUGAGGAGAGGGAAUACUGGAUGAGGGUCCAGGAGCUCUGUGUUGGCGGCCUCCAGGCGCCCCACGUGAACUUCACGCUGCCUGCUUGGGAGGCCAGCAGGGCUUUGAAGAAUCAGCUUGGGCUUCAUGACACAAAGACAGUCUCGCGCAGCUCAAGGCAUAGCAGCUAA